CGGUCACAUGAGCGGCGCGGCGCGGCGCGGCGGGGCGCAGGGGCUGGCUCGCGACGGGAGGCUGCCGCGGAGCCAUGGCCUCAGGAACUGCUCUGAUUUAUGAUAAUGAAAUGACCCAUCAUAGACUACUAUGGGAGGAUCCUAUCUGUGAAUGUGAAGUGCCGGAAAGAUUGACAUCCUCCUAUGAGCAACUUAAACAUUAUGGUCUAGUGCAAAGAUGUAUGCAUGUACCAAUCAGAGAAGGAACGGAAGAAGAAAUCAUGUUGGUUCACAGUUCAGAAUAUUUACAAAUUGUAAAGAGUACACAAAAAAUGACUGAAGAAGAACUCCGAAGAGUCUCUGAAAAUUAUGAUGCUGUUUACUUUCACCCGGACACCUAUCACUGUGCCAAGCUAGCAGUAGGAGCAAGUUUGCAACUGGUGGACUCUGUGAUGUCAGGAAAAGUAUGCAAUGGAAUAGCAUUAGUAAGGCCUCCAGGUCAUCACAGCCAGAGAGCUGCAGCUAAUGGGUUCUGCAUCUUCAACAAUGUUGCUAUUGCCACAGAAUAUGCAAAAAGAAAAUAUGGUCUACAGAGAAUUCUAAUUGUAGACUGGGAUAUACACCACGGACAAGGGAUUCAGUAUAUAUUUGAAGAUGAUCCCAGUGUUCUCUAUUUUUCCUGGCAUCGCUAUGAACAUCAGCAAUUCUGGCCAAUGCUCAGAGAAUCUGAUUAUGAUGCCAUUGGUCAGGGUAAAGGAAAAGGAUUCAAUAUAAAUGUUCCUUGGAAUAAGAUUGGGAUGGGAAAUUCAGACUAUUUAGCUGCAUUUUUCCACGUGUUGCUUCCUUUGGCUUUUGAGUUUGAUCCAGAGCUGGUCCUUGUCUCAGCUGGGUAUGAUUCAGGAAUUGGAGACCCCGAGGGUCAAAUGAAUGCUACACCAGAGUGCUUUGCCCAUCUAACUCAUUUUCUAAUGCAGUUAGCUAAAGGAAAACUGUGUGCAGUUCUAGAGGGUGGGUACCAUUUGAAGUCAUUGUCUGAUUCAGUGUUCAUGACUAUAAAAACUCUGCUUGGAGACCCUAUACCCCAAGUGUCUGGAGAAAUGGUACCAUGCAUAAGUGCUGUUGAGUCUAUACAAAAUGUGAGAGCUGCACAUAAAACCUACUGGAAGUGUUUGAUACAUGAAGAUGUAGGACUGGUACAAGAUCUCAGCACCAAAUCUCACUCAGUGACGGAGCCUGAGCUGGUGCAGUCCAGUGUGCAUCCUACAGCAGAACAAACAGUUGGGAAGAGUUAUAGUGAUGAAGCCAUCAAAACAGAGAGAUUUUUGAAUUCACACAUGAAAAAAAUUCUGUUUCCAGUGCCUCCUGUUAAAACAUCAGCAGCAAUUGUCUCUACAGGUGCUGAAAGUUUGCUCCCAAUUUCUGUUCAAGUGGAGAAGGAAAUCAAUACAAAAGACUGUAAAGCCCUUAUCAGCAGGUUUUAUACAGAUGGUGUGAAAGAGGACGAGGCUUUAAUUCCUCUUGGGAAUAUGUUGGCUGUCCUCGAUAAAAUACUUAGGAAGGAGGUGUGCAAUGGAAUUGUAGAAUCAGCUGUGGGUUCUCUUUGCGCUGCUGUUGCACUAAAGCACUGCACAGAUUUUGGGUUACAACGAGUGCUCUGCAUAUUUGUUGGGGAAAUGGAUACUGAGCUCAGCGUGGAAGAUGGAAAACAUCUUCUGGUAAAUAUUUGUCAGAAACCAUCUGAGAAGGCUGGCUCCAAGUACUUUAUUUCUCUGAACUGGAAAGAGGAUACUGAAAGAAACAACUUCUUUUCUGCUGCACUUGGAUUCAUUCUUCCCGUAGCUUACAGCUAUCAACCUGACUUAACUGUAAUAGUUGUUGGACCAAACAGGAGCCUUGGUAUAAAUGGGAUUUCUCUGCUUACCAGUCUUCUGAAAGGAUUAGCAGAGUCUCGAAUUCUUGCAGUGAUUCAGGACACAGAGAUAAAACUGGUACAAAGUGUGGCUAAAGCCUUAAACAAGGUUUCUACACAUGACUUUGGAGUCUAUGCAUCUGCUUCUCAAGAAAAUGUACAUGAGAUAAAACUAUUAAGGCACCAGCUUCAACAGGAAUGGAAAAUGCUUCAGUGUUCAGUAAGGGACUGUUUUUCUGGCAGCUGAGGAUACUUUGCUAUCAUCUGAUGCAUUUCGUCACAACAGAAGAAGAGAACAAUGUGUUAAGCAAACAAAAAGAUGAUUAAGCUAAGCCAGA